AUGGCGUCAGAAGUUCUUAAAAUUGAAGCUUUCUACUACAAGCUUGACUCCGUUACCGACGAGGCGUUCGAAAAAUAUGUCCGCGAAGUUUUAACCCCUAAAUGGGUCGGCAUUAUGAAGAGGCACAACGUGGUUCGCUACACAUCCACUAUCACACCCUCAUCCUAUGCCCGACAAUUUGGCCCAACGCUUACUAAAAUUCGUCCGGACUGGUCAAUGCUAGAGGCUAAUUUCACUCGUACAUAUUAUGUCCGCAACUUCGACGAAAUGAAAGCAAUCAUAGGCGAUCCUGACUACAAGGGGAAGGGAGACGACAUAGAGGUUGGAUGGAUUGACCCUUCCAGAGGAUAUGUUAAAGUCGGUUGGGAGACCGUAUACAUAGAGAACAGCAAGGUUGUGAAUACAGUUCCAAAGGAAUGA